AUGUGUUUUAUCACAAUUCAAUUGUAGAAUUGCUUAAUAUCAAAUUCAUAUUAAAAUUUCUAUUCCAUUAUUUGUUUUAUAUUAAAUUGCUUUAUAUUUUCUUAGUAUUUCUUUAACACCAUUCUAAGCGACUGAUGCUCCAAAAACAAUCAAAGUAAAAAAGCCAUAAUCUCUUUUUCAUCUCUUAAAUUUAAAAAAUGAGAGAAUAGGAUUUGAAAGUAUUUAGGGGAAUUCAUAUUGCAAAUAUGUUUUCUAUAACCUGAAAUUCAACAUAUGUAUAUUUGUCCUAGAAUAAAAUAUUAAGUAGAGGAGAUAAUUUCAAUAAAUUUUUUAGAAAUAGGAGCAUAAAAUUUUAUUUUUUGAAUAUGAUUAGAAAAUGGCCUAUAGUUGCACUGGUCGUUAAAGGUUAAUAUUGUUUCAUAACGUAUUUGAAAGGACAGUAUUUGGGCUAAGAUCAUCGUUUUUAGAAACUUUUCGGUUGACUUGAU